UGCUAUACACACUCGGUCUGCAAGAGAGACACACAGAGAAGAUAGGAGGGAGACCUGUAAAACAGAAAGCAAAUCAGAAGAAAGGAAAGAGAGGAGGAUAGAGAAACAAGACGGAUGUUAAGAUGAAAAAAAAAAGAGCAAACUGGAUCUGAGGAGUAACAAACGCAGCUUUAAGAUACUAAUCUUUGUUUGUGCUUUCAUCUUUUUUCCAGUUUAUCCAGAUGCCACAUGGAUACUGGAAGCUUAAGAGGCAGCUGGACGAGAGAAUUUAGUAGCCCUAACCAAGCAACGUGGAUUGCAAUCCAUGCUACAAGCUGAACUAAAUAAUUAGACAAAAUCUGUAACUAAAAUUCAUGGCCUACUUUCUCCUGUUUCUGAAGCAACAGUGAUAUAAAACCUGCACCGUAUCCCUAUCUUAUGGUUAAAACAAACAACAGAUUGCUUUAAGAGGGAAUUUGUGGUCCAGUGCUCAUGUGACACGCUGUGCGCCUGCUGUUCAACUGAGGGCAAGAUUAUACUAACUGAAGUGGACAGGAUGCUGACUUUCUCAAAAACCAUCCUCAAGCCUGCAGCAGUGAGCCAACUCUAAAAUCUCUUCUGCCCUAUCUCAAAUAUCACGCCCGCAAGAAAACUUGGACCGUUAAAAGGAUGGUGCACAGAAGGUUGGGAUUAGCCUUGGGAAUGGGGCAUAAACAACUUCUCUCCCUUGACUGACUCAUGAAACCUCUCCAUCACUCUCUUCCUGAGGAUGGACUGAAAUCUGGAGCAGCACUCUGAAUCUAUGAGCCACAAAGUUUGAGUGCUGCAGUCACCCAAACAAGAGUUAUGAAGCAAGACAUUCAAGGAAGUUUGGAGUAACCGUUUUCAAGAUUUGUAAAGACAGGAAGACCUAACCAAGGCACCAGCUUCGAAUCAACGGCGUGUGAACUUCUAUCCCUGUGAAACUCUGGCUGCUCUGUUUACACACAGAAUCAUUCUGACAGCACAAUGCUGUGUGCUCAGGGUGUGGCCGCAUCCCUAAUGCUGAGCACUUUCCUCCUUCAGCUAGCCAGGGCGAAUCUCCCUUCUGGCUGCCUGAUUGCAUCCGACAUCCUGAGCUGCAGCAACCUCGGCCUCAACCAAGUUCCAUUAGAGUUACCUAUAAUGGUGGCAACCUUGGACUUUAACCACAACCUUCUUGAACGUCUAGAGGAGGGCUGCUUUGCUGGCCUACCCAAUCUUGACACCUUACGGCUGGCACACAAUCUGCUGAGCAGUAUCACUCCAGGAACCUUCCGGAAUACAAGUAGCAUUCACCAUCUGGACCUUUCCUCUAAUCAGUUGAAUGUUAUAGAGCAACACUACUUUCAAGAGUUAGUAGGAGUUAAAGAGUUGCUCCUUUACAAUAACCGUAUUGUAAGGGUGGAAAGCAAAGCCCUGAGCCAUUUGAGUAACCUACGGAAAGCCUACCUGAGCCAUAACAGGCUGACUGACUUCCCUUUCUUUUCCAUUCAGGAACAUUCCAGUCUCAUUACCUUGGACCUAAGCUCGAACCGCAUGCCCAACCUUCCUGUUGAGGACAUUGGAGCUUUACAGGAAUCAAUACAGCAAGGGUUGUUCCUGCACAACAAUACCCUAAUUUGUGAGUGCUCCAUGUACAGCAUGUUUAAACAGUGGGAGCAGCGAGGCUUUACCUCAGUGAGAGACUUCCGAGAGGACUAUAUCUGCUUGCUUUAUGGCAAGCGGCGUGCUUCAGUGCGGUUUCUCCAGCAUGUGCGAUUUUUUGAGAACUGCACAAUAAAACCACAACUGGAGACAGAAAGUCUGAGAGCAGACAUGGGGGAUUCAGUGCUGCUGGAUUGUAAAACAUCACUGAAGGGAAAGCAUCUUGCCUACCUGUGGGUGUCCCCACAUAAGGAAUAUAUCGCCCCUCCUGGUAAUAACAACACACUGCGAAUGUAUGCAAAUGGAACUUUGGAAAUCCUGGCAGCCCAAGUGGAGGACUCUGGGGUGUACUUGUGCAUGGCUCUGAACCAUCAAGAGUCACGCAAUGAGACUCGGGAAGUGAAUGUAACUGUGGUAAUUCAACAUGAGGUGGAGGAGCCUUUCAAUACUGGCUUUACAACCCUUCUGGGCUGCGUUGUCAGCCUGGUUCUGGUCCUAAUGUACCUCUACUUGACACCUUGCCACUGCUGGUGCCGCAAGCAGCCACCACCAGGGACACCAAGCCCUGCAAAUGAAUGCAGCGCCCAGUCAUCUAUCCUGACGCCCACACCACCUGCCACCACAGAGGGUCCCGGCCACAAGGUCAGUAACAACAAACAUGUGGUCUUUCUGGAACCCAUCAAGGAGGCACAGAAUGGGAGGCCACGGGCAGCAAUGGCCCAUGAGCACCCCAAGCUGGCGGUAACGCAGAGCGAUGCAGACUCUGUCACCUCCGUCUUCUCAGACAACACUAUUGUGCCAUAGCGGCUGCUUAAUGUUAUCCCAACGACCUGCUCGAAUGAGAGCGUUGGUCCUUCGACGUGGCAGUCUGCAACUGCACAGCUUCUCAGGACAGAUUAGGGAGAGGGUGUUGCAAGCCAAAGGCAGGGAACAGAACAGAGCAGGAAAGAAAAGCACACAUAAUCAGAUAGAAGAUAUAAAAACGCAACAGGCAAAAAGAUGGAGCCGAGUGCUCCCAUGAAUCAGCUUUAUGGCUUUACUGACCACAACAGUACAAGAGUAAAAUAUUUGGCUUGAAAUGACAAGGGUAUAAUGCUUUCCCUUUACCACUGCUUGAGCCUUGAUAGAAUCACAGCUAUGAAUGCCUUGUCUAGAGCAUAUAACCCAAUGAAUACGGCACAAACCCUUGUUAUUACUCUAGAAAUAGCAUGAUUGAUAAGAAGGAGAAUGACAAAUGCAAACUGAAUUUCCAUUUUUUUCCAGAUACUUCCUUUAGAAUGUUGAUAUUUUUUUUUAAACUUAACUGUAUGUCCUUUGUAUCAAUGUUUUUCCUCAUUGGCAUUUUGGUUAAUAGUUAGUAUUAGUACUUAAUUCAAAGGGGCUGUGCAGUAUUUUGGUGACAAAAAAAUUAUCCAGAAAACAUAGGGGAAUUGUUCAGAUGGUGGAAGUUGUUUUACAAAAAAAAUGUCACUGUCUGAACAGAUGUGGAGACUGCACAGAGGUCACAUCUCAUCCAUAAUAACAUUUGAAUGAAAUGGAAUCAGUGAAAAUUGUUGAUGUGCUGAAGUACAUUCACCCUACCUAAGCAUACUAUGUUUCCUCUUUUCACACCUCCCUUCCCUUUCACUAAUCCUUUAUCAGCCUCUUAAU